AACCCACGAUAAAGCACACGGCGUGUCGAUGCAAGUCCUUAGGGAUAUAUAUAAUGGUUCUAUCCAAUUUUAAAUAACCAAGCCCAAAUAAAAAGCAUACAAAAAGCAUUAUGCGAUUUACUUCAGUUAGUCCUGGACACCAUGAAGCGACACUCGAGAUCGAGUAGUGUCGGUCAUGUGGACAAUGAUUUGGAGAAAAGUCAUGACACACCAAAAAUUAAAAGGGGUAAACGGUUUACUAUUAAGGAAUACCUGAUAGACUACACGGCCAAUUCUAACCUGCAUGGACUUAAGUACAUCGGCGAGAAAGAACGGACUCCAGCCGAAAAGCUUUUUUGGCUAUUCAUGUUCAUAUGCUGUGUCGUCCUCUGCGCCGGUCUAAUAAGGAAGGUCUGGAUAAAAUGGAACGAGAGUCCAGUCAUAGUUAGUUUUGCCGAAAACUCAACUCCUGUCUGGCAGAUACCCUACCCCGCCGUAACUGUCUGCUUUGAAACGAAGUCACUACAAACAAGAUUCAAUUUUACAAAGUACUACCACCUAUAUAAAGACAAUGAAACGUACAUGGAAUUAACGGAGGAAGAGAGAAAUAUGUUUGAAGACAUCACAUUAGUUUGCGAUGAUCACUUGGCUCCCGCCAGAGGUCGCAAGUUCUCUGACGGAAAUGCAACUGUCGAAAAUUUAAAACAGGUAUCACCGAAUAUAUCGGAAUUUUUCUUCGGUUGCAAAUGGAAAGACACACCUAAAGACAAUUGCGCGAAUCUUUUCUCACCGAUACUAACUGAGGAUGGAGUCUGCUACACGUUUAACACGUUGAAUUCUGAGGAUCUAUUCAGGAUGGAGAACUUACACAAAGAGUACCAAUACUUGGAAAGUACCAUAAUUAAUUCUACAUCUGAUAACGUGCAAAGAUGGUCAUUGGAGGAAGGAUAUCCACCGUCCGCCCCACUUGAGACAUACCCGCACAGAGGCUCCGGCUAUGGUGCGAAAGCCGGCUUGACAUUUUUAUUGCAAACCAAAGCAAUCGACUUGGACUAUCUUUGUAAAGGACCUGUGCAAGGCUUCAAGAUACUUCUACACAACCCGGCGGAGUUGCCGCGGCUGUCGCAGCAGUACUUCCGGUCACCGCUGUCGCAGGAGGUGGUGGUCGCCGUCCGGCCCAAAAUGAUGACCACCUCUGAUGGACUCAAGCCAUACCUACCCUCAGUACGACAAUGCUACUUCCCGAGUGAGCGCUACCUUCGCUACUACAAGGUGUAUACGCAGGCCAAUUGUGAGGUGGAAUGUUUGACGAAUUUCACGUACGCGCGAUGCGGGUGCGUUCAUUUCGGCAUGCCGCACGGCCCCGACAUGACCGUCUGCAACGCUGGUAGUGUUGCCUGCAUAAAAAAAUCACAAAUGGAACUAGUUACAGUGGCCAUAGAGUCCAGGUUAGAGGAGGAAACAAACGAGAACGACACGUUAGGUGUGGCGAAAGAAGUCGCGUCUCGUUGCAGGUGCCUGCCCGCUUGCACCUCCAUAGAAUAUGAAGCCGAGACCUCGCAAGCUGAUUAUGAUUGGAAGGCAUUGUACACCGCCUUUAAUAUUACUAUUGGAGAAGAUAUUCUUGAUCAAAAAUUUGCACGUGUUAUGAUUUUCUUCAAAGAAGCUCAGUUCAUCACUUCUAGACGAUCUGAACUUUAUGGUCAAACAGAUUUUUUGGCGAACUGCGGAGGUCUUUUAGGAUUGUUUAUGGGUUUCUCGAUACUCAGCGUAGCUGAGAUUUUAUAUUUUCUUACUUUGAGAAUAAUCUGCAUAAUUUGGCGUUCGCGAAAUUUGAAGAAACAAGAAAAUGAUUUGAAAUAUCCCGAUAAUUUAUCAAAUCCGAAACCUAGCAAAUUAAAGCAUUAAUUCUUCCUUCAAUAUAAAA